AUGGCUUAUGCUGCUAUUUCUUCACUUAUGUAUACAUUGAACCAACUCUUGAAACCUAAUCAAUCUUUCGUUUUUCUAAGUUCUACACAACAACAUGUCGAAUCUCUCUAUCAAAAUCUCUCUGCUCUGCAAGAUUUCCUUGAUGAUACUACCACAAAGGAUAUUGAAACUCUUAAGGUUAUAGAAAAGAGGAUCAGAAAUGUAGUUUACAAAGCAGAAGAUAGAAUUGAUUCAAGUCUAAGAAGCAUAAUUUUAGCAGAUCGCGAGGACAAGCGGCAAAAGGCUUGUACAUCCUUUUAUGAAGAAUUGUUGAAAGUGGAACAACAAGUUUAUUUUCUCAACAAAGAGGUGAUGUUGAUCGAGUUUAACAACCAUGGAAGCAAAUCUGCAGAAUUAGCAAGAAUUUCCUCCUCACUAGAAAAAAGUACAAUCGAGGAAAAUACUAUUGUUGGGAUGGAGGAUGACUUCAACAUCAUACUUGAUCGCGUUACUACCCAAACAGACGAGUUAACUGUCAUACCAAUUUUUGGUAUGGGCGGUAUAGGUAAGACAACUCUUGCCAGAAAAGUUUAUGAUGAUUCAUACAUUCGUUCUCGAUUUGAUAAACAAGCAUGGGUCACUAUCUCUCAAGAAUACAAUGAGAGACAAAUGCUUCUUGAACUUGUCUCUUCAAUUACUGGAAGCAAGCAAGAAACAAGCGAUGAUGAACUAAUGGAGAUUGUGUAUAGAGGUCUUAAGGGUAGGAGAUUUCUAAUUGUCAUAGAUGAUAUUUGGAGUACAAAGGCUUGGGACCAAAUGCAAAGAACAUUUCCAAAUGAUGACAAUAGAAGCCGAAUUCUAUUAACCACUCGGCUCAAGUAUGUUGCUGAUUAUGUCAGUUGUCCUGAUUUUCCGCCUCAUAGUAAGUCUUUUCUAAGUCUAGAAGAUAGUUGGAAUCUAUUCACCGAAAAAUUAUUCAAAAAAGAUCACUGUCCUCCUCUCUUAGAAAAAACCGGGAAGCAUAUUGUAAAACAAUGUCGAGGAUUACCCCUCUCGGUUGUUGUUGUUGCUGGACUUCUUGGAAAAAUGGACCCAACACAUGAUAAUUGGAAGAAGGUUGAGGAAAAUUUGAACUCAUUCUUUGGUACGGUAUCCGAACAAUGCCAAUCAAUUCUUUCUUUGAGCUACAGUUACUUGCCCCAAUAUUUGAGGGCUUGCUUUCUCUACAUUGGAGGUUUUCCUGAAGAUAUGGAGAUUGGUGUUUCCAAGUUGAUUAGGUUAUGGAUUGCUGAGCAAUUCGUAAAUUCAAGAAGCAAUAAAAGGUUAGAAGUGGUGGGAGAGGAGUAUCUAGAAGAGUUAAUUGAUAGAAGUCUAAUUUUGGCUGAUAGAUUAACGGCUAGGGGAAGGAGGAGAAGUUGCAAAAUUCAUGAUCUUCUUCGCCAACUAUGCCUAAGAGAAGCUCAUAGUGAAAAUGUUGUGCAUACCAUGAAUUGGAAGGUCCCCAUAUCUUUAGAAGCCUUAUUUGAUCAACGAAGUGCUAUAACCCGCACCUUUAUUUCUAUGGAGUCUUUUAGUACAUGUUUUCCAAAAGGGAUUUACUCCAUUGUUUCACAGUUGAAGUUGCUUAAGGUGCUUGAUGUAUUAUCAAUUGAAUGCGAUUUCUCUUGGGUAAUACCUCAACUUGUACAUUUGAGAUAUGUUGCUGCAACUAUUAUGGAAGAUGUUUCACUAGUCAAUUUGAGAAAUCUACAGACCAUAAUUCUUGAAGGUUAUUAUGGCAGUACAGAGUUGAGGCAACCACUUGAUAUCUGGACGUUGUCAGAGAUAAGAUAUGUGGAUAUUCGAGGGACACUAUAUAUAUCUAAUCCUCUUGUGGCAGAAAAUAAUAGUAUUGGAAAACAAGCUUUGUUUCUCAAUAACUUGCAAACACUUUGUCUCAAUAACUCUCCUUUUGUUGCAGAAAUCAUAAGAAGAACUCCCAAUCUAAAAAGGCUAAAGAUUUUAGUUCAUUGUCGUACCAUUCUUGAUUCUGUCAAUCUUCUAGAGAAACUGGAGACACUAUACCUAGAAGGAGAGGUGAUUUUCUCUGGGAAUAUUUUGCCUUCUAAUCUCAAGAAGUUGUCAUUAGCAUAUACUUGGAUAGCAUGGGAAGAUAUGAAUUUGCUGGCUAAUUUGCCCAAUCUUGAGGUGUUCAUAGGGUAUUCUGCAUUUCAUGGAACAGAUUGGAAACUAAAUGAAGAUGUUGUGUUUCGCAAAUUAAAAUAUCUACAACUGUGUGAGUGCCUAAAUCUGCAAAGGUGGGAAGCAGGUAGUGAUAAUUUUCCGAUGCUUGAGAAACUAUUACUGCGUAUGUUGGUUGAACUCGAAGAGAUUCCCCCGAGUGUUGGAGAAAUAAUGACACUAAAGUUGAUCCAAAUAGACCGAUGCAGCUCUGGUGUAGAGAUCAGUGCAAAUAAAAUUCAAGAAGAGCAACAAAGCUGGGGAAAUUAUGAGCUUCACGUUGAAAUUAUUGACAAUCAAUCAACAUUGAAACAACUAUUAGAACUAUUUGAAAAUGAAAGUCUUAACUCCGAAGAAAUAUGCCAAAUUGCUGACGAUAUCCGUUCAAUUUAG